AUGGUCGGACAGAGAAUACGGAAAGAUAAUGGCUACGAUGCCAGCAGUUACACAUACUACCCAGUCGCCAUUGUUGGUGCAGGGGAAUCAGGCAUUGCUAUGGGCUGUCGAUUGAAGGAAGAGCUCGGAUUCGACCAAUUCAGAAUCUUCGACAGGCAGUCUGGAAUUGGAGGAACCUGGUGGAUCAACAGAUAUCCAGGUGUUGCUUGCGAUGUGUACUCCACCACCUACUUCCCCGCGAUCUUCUAUUCGUUUUCAUUCUCACCAAAUCCCGACUGGACGACUUUUCACCCCAGCGGUCCUGAGAUUGUCAAAUAUCUCCAAGGUGUUUGUGAGAAGUAUGAGAUCAUCGACAAGAUCCAGCUCAAUUCAGACAUCAGGGAAUGCAAAUGGCUGGAAUCGGAGCAGGUCUGGGAGGUGACACUACAGACCUUGACCGCUGGAGUAGGAGACCUCAGCGAAUACGACCGAGCUCAAAAGAUUGCAAGUGAUGGCCCACUAUCCGUCUAUGUCAUAGAGGAGAAAAUUCGAGCCAAGGUACUCAUCAGUUGCGUCGGCGGUCUAGUAGAGCCUAAGAUAUGGCCAGAGAAUGUUCCGGGACAAGAUACGUUCAAGGGAGAAAUCUUCCAUUCGGCAAGGUGGAGAUAUGACAUAGAUCUCAAGGACAAAGAUGUCGUUGUUAUCGGAACUGGUUGCAGUGCAGCUCAAUUCGUUCCUCGUCUCACUAAAGAUUACGGCGCUAAAUCAGUAACACAACUAAUGCGCUCACCUCCAUGGGUAGUCCCACGAGCCCUCCCGCCAGGAGGCCUAGAAUGGUGGGAGAAAUGGGCACCCUGGCUCAACAACAACCUCCCCGGCUUCAGCAAAACCCUACGCUUCAUCAUGGCCACCGGCGCAGAAUACGACUGGCGUCUCUUUGGCUCCGAAGACUACCACGCCAAAGAACGCGCAAAACUGGAAGCUAAACUCCUCAAGCACAUGAAAGCAUCCGUCCCCGAGAAGUAUCACGAGAUCCUCACGCCUGACUACGGUGUGGGCUGCAAGAGACGUAUCUUCGACGCUACAUGGUUUCCCGGGCUCAAAGACCCGAGAAUCGAACUCACCACCCUCCCUCUAACAUCCGUCUCCUCGAACUCCGUGACCAUCGGCCCAGCCAAACAGCAAGACUCGGCACCAGAAGAAGCCGAAUCCACAACGCUCCCAGCCGAUAUCAUCAUCCUCGCCAACGGCUUCCAAACCACGCAAUGGCUGCACCCGCUCUCGAUAGUCGGACGCGGUGGCAAGAACAUCCACGACGUGUGGCAGGAGCGAGGGGGCCCGCAGAUGUACAUGGGCGUAGCCAUGGACGGGUUCCCGAACUUCUUCACCAUCUUCGGGCCGAACACCGCGACGGGCCACUCCUCCGUGAUCCUCGCUUCGGAAAACAUGGUGAACCUGACUCUCAAGUUCGUUAAACCGCUGUUAGAGGGCGCGGUGGAGCGUGUGGAGGUUAAGAAGGAGGCGGAGGUGGAGUGGGCGCGGGAUAUUCAGGGGGCGUUGAAGAAGAGGGUUUGGAAUACCGGGGGGUGUCGGAGUUGGUACCAGACGGAGAGCGGGUGGAAUUCGACUGUUUAUCCAUACUCGCAACUCAACUUCACACUCCGCUGUAUGUUCCCCACCUGGAAAGACUGGGACAUCACAUACACGCGCCGCGGCCUAGCCAUCAAACGCGUAAAAACACUGACGAAAUCCCUCGCGGUCAUUGCUGCUCUACUUUGGGUCUACAGGCUCCAAAGGAAUGGGCAGAGUGUGAGGUUGGUGCUGAGGGGUAUGGUGAGGGGCGUUUCGCAGGGGGUUGGGAGGUUUUUGCUGGGGCUUGAGGGGAGGGUUUAG